GAGUGGACCUCUCAAACUUGUCUAACCCGCCGAGCUGCUCUCAUAGGAAGCUCGUAGAAAUCAUUUCAAAAUUCCCGGCUUAGAGAGAUGGAAGAAUUAUCACCUUUCCAGAGUCUGCAGGCACUUUCGGCCUUGCUGUCCACACCAGCAGACGAGGAGAGCGACGAAGAGGACGGAAAGAAUGUGAAACAAAUGGUGAGAAUGGGCCCGGGACACAUUGGUGCUCCUUCCUCUGCUUCUGAGAAAGAGGAAAAAGCAGUCAACAGUGCCUAUUUGAAGAAGAACACAAAAGACAUCUGGAAUGUGGAGGAGGUGACGGAAGGGACGCACCUUGAUGACCUCGCAGAUCAUCGUCCCCAGCCUGAGUAUGAGGUUAUUCUGAAACAGAGCGUGGGUACUGAGGAUCUGUUUCUGGGCAUGAGCCGAAAGGAUCCGUCCUCCAUGUGCUGUGACAGCCUGCUGGUCAGAGUGAAGCUGCCAGACACUAAAGCCUCUGAUCUAGCGCUGGACGUGAGGGAAACAUUUCUUGAUCUCAGAACUCCAAAGUACAAGCUAGGCCUGCAUCUACCCCAUCCAGUGCACAGUGGGGAGGGGACAGCCCGGUUCAUUACAGAGCGAGCUGAACUGGAAAUCACACUGCCUAUAAACAGACCCCUGGACUGCGUCAAUCUGGCCUGAAGAGAGGGAAAACAGAACCCAGGAGCUGCAUCAGUUUCUGAAGAAAAACUGUCUGGAAAGGAGGAAAGGAGAGUUAAUUUGCUACCAUAAUGGAGAGUGAGAGUGAAAAAGAGAAGGAUGCUAAGGAACAGAAACUUUUGCACAGUACAUUCAGCUACCAAUUGUUGACAAUUAUUUGGAACCACAGUUAUUCUCUUUGGGCCUGUAGAGUCUCAUAUUUUUUAAAAAUAAUUUUUUUUUUUUUUUUAAAUUACGUUUUUCUUUUGAUGAGUUUUUUCUUUCAGGGCAGAGGUGAGUUCACGGUAAAGACAGAUAUGCGUCGCUUACGCACACAAAUGUGAAGAAUGUACAGCUGAAUGAUUCCAUCGUAGAAUUUCUCCAACAGUUAAAUGUUUAAGAUGUAAACAAAGUAAUUCAGAGUGGUUUGAUGUAAAAUGAUUUGUUCUACAGAAACAUACAAAGUCUGAAUUGUUCACAGCUGUGGUGAUAGGAACUAGACGUCUGAAGAGUUUAAUACAUCCAAAAGCUCCCUCGCAGAAAGUGAUUACAUGAAAUAGAUAUGAAUCUGCUGCCUGAUCUCUGGGAGGAGUGUUUCACGAUAGUUUUGAGAUGAGAUUUUGGCUUAAAUUUUAUUUUUUUGUAUUUAUUUAUAGCAGAGAGGUACAUGCAGGGCAUUGUCAAGCAAAACGGAUUAAUCAGUAUUUUACCAUUGUCAAUGUUACAUAUAAAACCCAAGUUCACUGGACG